AUGUCCACUUUCACACUAUUGACUGCUGUCCUCGCGACCCUCCUCCCCCUCUCCACCUCCACCCCCCAACACUGCAAGCCCAUGCCCAACACCCCCAACUGGCCCUCCCCCACCGCCUGGCAAACCCUCAACAACACCCUCAACGGCCACCUCCUCUCCCCACCCCCACCAGGCGCCGUCUGCCACCCGACCCACCCCCUCUACAACAACGCCUCCUGCACCGCCCUCCUCACCUCCUGGACCUCCUCCGACUUCCACGCCCGCAACCCCAUCACCUCCGACUACAACGACGACACCUGCCGCCCGGACCCCACCCGGCCCUGCUCCCGCGACGGCUACCCGGCUUACACCGUCAACGCCACCGAAGCCGCCCACGUCGCCGCCGCCGUCCGCUUUGCGCGCGACACGGGCGUCCGCUUUGUCGUCAAGGGCACGGGCCACGACUUCCCCGGCCGCUCGGCGGGGCGUGGCGCCCUGUCCGUGCACACGCACUGGCUGCGUGGCGUGGAGGUGCUGCACGAAGACCCCCGCGCCGCAAAGUACGGCGGUGUCGCGGCCGUCAAGAUCGGCGCCGGGAUGCGCUGGGGCGAGGUGUACGCGGCGGUGGCGAAGGAGAAUGUGACGGUCGUGGGCGGCGCGGAUCUGAAUGUCGGCGUGGGCGGCUGGACGGGCGGAGGCGGCCACAGCCCCGUGUCCAGCAUGUACGGGCUGGGCGCGGACAAUGUGCUGGAGAUGGAGGUGGUCACGGCGGACGGGGAGGUGCGGACCAUCAACGAAGAGUGUGAGCCGGACUUGUUCUGGGCCAUGCGAGGCGGCGGGCCGGGCACGUAUGCGGUGAUGCUGUCGGUGACGAUGCGCGCCCACCCGGCCACGAUGCUGUCGACGUACGCCUUCUCCUACAGCACCACCGCCCUCAGCGCCGCGUUCUGGAACAUGACCGCCUACUUCCACACGCAGAUCCCGCGCAUCGCCGACGCCGGCGCCAUGGGCUACUACUUUACCGUCCCCAACAUCACCGCCCUCGGCGCCGACGCCUCCGCCUUCCCCGGCAACAUCGAUGCCACCACCGUCGACGCCUCCCAAGCCGGCCUCCUCGCGGGCCUCCUCCUCUUCCCCAGCACCGCCAACGCCACCGAGAUCAUGACACCCCUCGAAACCGCCCUCGCCGCCCUCGAGCAGCCCCACCCCAUCCACACCUCGCACACCGCCACGCCCCCCACCGACUUCUGGACCAUCUGGUCGCAAACGCAGCCCCAAUCCGUCGGCAGCACCAACACACGCCUGGGCUCCUGGCUGCUCGGCGCUGAGGGCAUUACCAGCAAGCCCGUGCCGGAACUCGCCGCCACGCUGGCCGCCGCGAGCGGCGGCCUCCCGCUCCCGCAGCUGGGACACAUGGUGGCGGGCCCAGGCGUGCGCAACGCCCCCAAACGUCUGCCCGGCGGCGGGGACGCGGUGCUGCCGGCGUGGCGAGACGCGUAUACGCACGUGGUGCUGCCGGCGGGGUGGGCGGGCGCGGAAGACGAGGAGGCAGCGACGGCGGCGUUGAGGAGGAGGGUGGGUGCGUUGAAGAGCCUGCAGCCGGGGAGCGGGGCGUAUUAUAAUGAGGCGGACCCGACGAAUGAGGCGUGGAAGAGGGAUUAUUAUGGGGAGAAUUAUGGGAGGUUGGCGGCGGUGAAGGGCCGGUGGGAUCCUGAGGGCGUGUUCUGGUGUAAGGCGUGCGUGGGGAGUGACGAGUGGGUGGUUAGUGGGGGGGAGGGGGUUGGGCAGGAGGCGGAGAGGCUGUGUCGGAAGGCUUGA